CAUCAAUAAGUAUGUUUCAGAUAAGACCAAUGGAAAGAUCGACAAGCUAGUCGAAGGCCUGGAUCCAGGCACAGUCAUGUAUCUCCUCAGCUACAUUUACUAUACAGGCAAGUGGACGACUCCAUUUGAUCCUGAUAUGACCAGGGAGGACGAGUUCAAUGUAGACGAAACCAACAAGGUUCCAGUCCAGAUGAUGAGAAUGGAAGAAACACACUUUCAAACCUACCAUGACCAGGUAAUUAACACCUCAGUCCUCCAGCUUCCUUUCAACAACUCCUUCUCCAUGCUGCUGAUGUUGCCUGAUAAAAUGACUACCCUGGAGAAUGCCAUCUGUCCAGAUCAUGUUACCAAGUGGUUGAAGUGGAUGAAGCCCAGGGAGUACAACAUCUAUGUUCCAAAGUUUUCCAUCAAGACGUCCUACAAGCUAAAUAAUGUGUUGAAGGACUUGGGAAUGACAGAGAUGUUUGCUCGRGYAAAUCUGACAGGGAUUUCAGAAGAGAAAGACCUGACAGUCUCUGAGGUUGUGCACCAAGCUGCUCUGGAUGUUGACGAGGGCGGAGCCACCGCUGCUGCUGCAACUGGGAUGUUGGUUGGAAUGGCGUCCUACCAUUUUGUCCCUGAGCUGAAGUUCAAUCAUCCAUUCAUGGUGAUGAUUCUUGAGCSCAGCACGAAAAACAUACUUUUCAUGGGCAAGAUUGUCAACCCUAGUCUGUGACGAAGAAACACUGUCUUCACACAAAGCUGAUGCUUUAAAUAUUAAAUACAAAGAAAAAGUUUUGUCUGGUAUUAAUUUUGAUAAAAACAUGAAAAGAUACAUUGAGGAGAUGCCAUCAAUAAAUCUUCAUUUUUGUAUUUAAUACUAAAUUGAUGCAGCCAAUGUAUUUGUGGGAAUCACCAGUUGAUCAAUAAAGAAAAAAAAACAUCCCA